AUGGGCAAAUUCUCAAAAAUCAAGAAGGUUCAACAGGAGGAGACGGCUAAGGGGAAGAUGGAAUGGGAAGCCGCUGGAGCCAAGGAUUCGAGUGAUGAUUUGUCAGAUGAAUCGAUAAUCUGCUCUGUGUUCAACUCGCGUCAAGCCGCAGCAAUAUCUGAAAAUCUUCGAUCGAUACUGAAAAUCGAUGGGAAUACGGUAUCGAAUGGAAUAUUGUCACACGUGAAAAAGAGUACGAAGAGAAGCAACGGAUGGUAUGUCAGUGAGAUCGAUAGGGUUCAGAUCCACGUGAUGAGUGAAGAUUGCCGUGAGAAGUACGAUCUGGAGGCGAUUUGGGCGGGCGACGAUCGGAUUCUGGAGGAGAUUGAUGAGUUGAAACAGAAGACGUUGUUGCCACCGCAGAGGAGAUAA